CGGGGCGGGGGCGGGCCGGGCCGGGCCGGGCCGGGCGGCGGUGGGGCGCAGGAUGGAGAGCCCGGCGGUGACCUUCACCCUGGCCUACCUGGUGUUCGCCGUCUGCUUCGUCUUCCCGCCCGACGAGGUGCGCUCGGCGGGGCUGACGGUGCAGAGCCUGCUGUCCGCCUGGCUGGGCAGCGAGGACGCGGCCUUCGUGCAGUACCACCUGCGGCGGAGCACCGGCACGCUGCUGGCGCACUCCCUUCUGCCCCUGGGUUAUUACCUUGGCAUGUGCUUUGCUGCACCUGAAAAACAUCUUUGUUUCUUCUACCUGGCUUCAAAAGGAUGGAAAACUUUCUUCUUCUUUGCCAUUCUCUUUCCAGCAGUCACCAGUGCCCUGGCAUAUUACUGGUCACGGAAAGGUUGGAAUAAUCAUCCAUUAGCCCGAACGCUUGCUGUUCAUGCGCUCCCGCAGUCAGGUUGGAGGGCAGUAGCUUCUUCUAUCAAUACAGAAUUUAGGAGAAUUGACAAAUUUGCUACCGGAACCCCAGGAGCAAGAGUUAUUGUUACGGACACAUGGGUGAUUAAAGUGACCACCUACUGUUUACAUGUUGCCCAGCAGCAGGACAUUCAUUUGACGGUGACAGACUCCAGACAGCACGAACUCACCCCAGACUCAAAUAUGCCUGUGCAGUUCCUCACCAUCCGAGUUGCCAGUGUUAAUCCCUAUGUGAAGGCAUUUGAUAUCCGGUUGAACUCCACAGAGUAUGGGGAGCUCCGAGAAAAGCUCCGUGCUCCCAUCAGCAACGCAGCUAAUGUUGUGAUCCAUCAAAGCCUUAGUGAUUUAUUUCUAGAAACCUUUACAUCUCUGGUGGAAAUUAACCAGACAUAUCCUGCUCCAACCACUCAGGAGCUGGAGCCAUGCAUAGGGUGUAUGCAGACUAUUGCUAACAUCAAGCUCAUCAAGAACUGCCAGGAGCCAAACGAAGGGGAAUGUCAGCAGUGCUACUGUCGUCCCAUGUGGUGCCUCACCUGCAUGGGCAAAUGGUUUGCCAGCCGACAGGAUCAGCAGCACCCAGAGACCUGGCUGUCAAGCCAAGUGCCUUGUCCGACUUGCCGAGCCAAAUUUUGCAUUUUAGAUGUUUGCAUAAUACGAUGAAUAAUACUUGGGUAUGUUUUAACUUUUUCAAUGUGAAUGUAUUUCAUAGUGGGUUUGGUUAAAAGGCCUGUUAGAUUUGUUUCUGAGACUUCGUGUUCUACAGGGGUGCAAACUCCAAAGCUUUCUUCUGUAGCGUGGAAAGCAGAUGUAAAUCUUUUUAGUUCCUCUCCACUUUUACCUGUGUCUUUGGUUUUUAUUCACCAGAUGUCAGUUUCUGGAUUUUUUUUUUGUUAACCCAUAUUUUCCUUUCUUAUGUCUUGGAUGGAAUAAGGGUAUCCCUUCUGUAUUUGCAGUACUAUUCUCUUUUCCAGUUUUAAUGUAGGUUAAAUUCUUUACAUUUUUAAAUUUAACUUGGGUUUUGAUCUUUAGUAAAGGGCUAACUGAGAAAAUUACUAUGGCUAGACUUCAUUGAUACUUUUCCAUAUGUAAAGUUCUUACAAGUCUUUGCCAGUGUUGACCCAACAAGUAUACCAGUUGUUUUCCUUCUGCUUGUUCCCUCCACUUAUAAAGGGGAUUGGUUUCUGUAGGCUAAGGAAUUUAAUAUCUGAAGAUGUACAACUCCCAUAGGGACCUUUUAUUCACUUAAUCUGCCUCUAAUUUAUAUUUUGAUUGAUUUAUUUCAAACAACAGAAGGAUUCAGAAACAUACCCCAUUUACCUACACUGCUAACGCUAUGCAUGGUUGUAUCUGUUGGAUGCCAGGAGUUACAUUGCUUAGGGUUCCGAUGCUUUUUAGGUGAUGGACUUUUUGUUAUACAUUUGAAAGGAGUGCAGCAAACGCCUGAACUGUUUAAAUACUCUGAAAGUAUUCCAAAGCUAUUUCAAAGCCUGUAAGGUUUUCCUGAGGGGUAACCUUCCCCCUGAAAGAGACAGCAGGAUCACAAAGGAUCCCCGAAGAAUGACGGUCACUAAUGAAAGUUUUUCAGGCUUGGAAUUCAAAGACUGAUCGUAAGUAAUAGUCGGUGUUUUAAUGCUCAUAGGUUACUGAUGCACACUUUUUGGUCUGAUCUGCACCAGAAUAAUUUGUAAAUUAAAAUCAAAGCAUUUUCAGUACAUUUAAGAGAGCCCUACUCCUAGACCUAAAUGCAGUGCUUAGUGUUCUAGCUGUGCAUCGUACCCUUCAAUGAACAAUUAUUUGGCAUACUGCUUGGCAGAAAGCCUCAAGCUGCUGGAGAAUGUGAGUUCUUACACUGACCUGUGCAGCACAGGGGCUGAGAUGCAGCUAUUUGCUUGCUUGGGUUGUCUGUCUUAGAGGGGUAGUAACUCCAGGCAGACAGGUGGUCAAAUAGAGGGAGAAAGGAAUAGUUUAGUGCUUUGGUCUAGGAGAAUAAAAGCCCUCAUAGCUCCCACCUCUAUAAUCAGGAAGAUCUUAUCAGUAAAUCACUAGCAUAGAUGACAUGCCAGUGGUUAACUCAAAAUGUCUUGAUUACCAUGGUAGGGAAAACUGCUUUGAGCAGGAAUAAGUGGCAGGAUGCUAAAAACGGCAGAAGUACUGGAAGCACAGCCAUGAACGAGUGCGUUAGAGUCUCCGUGUAGCUACAGGUUGCAUGGUGUGUUUAGAGCCAGACAGCCAGGAAAUGGUUAUGAAUGUGGCUGCAAGCCCUAUUUUGGAGAGGGAUAAGGAAUCGGGAACAGGUUUGACAGCAUAAUUUGAGAACUAACAUAUAGGUUACGUUGUUGGUGUUGAUUUUUUUAAUAACAUGCACUUACAAAAAUCCAAACUGUUCGGGUUUAAGGACUCUAAUUGCUAGAGUGUAUCUCAGUUGUUACAUAUACAACAUUUACUAUGCAAUUAUCGGUACUACCUGUUAAUAAGGGUGAUUUUUCUGUUUUUCAUUACCUGUUUUUUUGGACUGGAUAAAGUGAAAAUUUGACACCGAGACUGGAUUUGUCUUGCUUUCCCAAAAAGACCUUAACUGGCAUGUCCCUCUUCAUCUGAAUAGGAUUGAGUUCCUGAGUUUCAGACAGAUUUGUUGACAAGUCUGAAAAUUAAUAAAAAAUCAAGGAGCUGAUCAGUGAUUGAAUUGAAAAUAUUUUCCAGUACUUCUGUGGGAAAGUUAUUUGGAAGUUUGAAAGGGUCUCUGCAGGGCGUUUUAACCUUGGAAGAUUCUUACAGGGCCAGGUGGUGUUAUCUGACAUGCACCUCCCCACUGUGCAGCGGCCUCACAAAUAAGCCUUUUCUACUUUUUACUUCUGGAAAGUUUACAUAGUGUGGCACAGAUACAAGGAAUGUGGUCCUUGAAAUAGUUGCAGAAGAGAGGGUAGGAUUUUGGAGCUGUUGUUUUGCCACUGACAAGUCAUUCAAUUCAUACAGCUCUUUUCCUCUUUGGAGUAAAAGUAUUUAUUGUAAAGACGUGCAAAGUUAACAUCGCAAAGGCCUUGAGAAACUUAGGUAAUAGGUAUGUGUAGUGGCAGAUGGUUUUCUAGAAAAACAGGUCAGUUGCCAGUGGCAUCUCUGUGAUAAGAGCUUUAGUCUCCUAAUUGCUUUGAAUUGAUGGGAAGUUUUCAUUUCAGAGAAACUUUGCUUUUAUUCAUCUUACUUCUUUUGCCAAUAUAACAGUACGACAAAGUAACAGUCAUAAAUGUGUAAUACUCUUGCAUUUUUAAUGGUAGUGCUCUAUCCACAGAAGUGCCUCUUAAAAAUCUUAGUAAUAAUUACCAAAAUAAAAUUAUGAUUUAUGUUAAUCACAGUGCCUGACUUAAGUUCCUUAAAACAAGCAAUUUUUUUCCCAAGUUUAAAUUCUCAAAGUAAUCUGGCAUGCCUGCCUCCAAAGUUGGUAAGCUUCUUAAAGGCUGUGUUAGAGAACAAACUUGUUCAAAAUCCAUAUGAUGUGUUUUUCUUAGAGACAGUAGGAGAAACUGUGACCUCUCCCUGCAGAGUCAUGCGAUAUCUUAUUUGUCUUGAAUAAAUCACUGAACAUCAGAAUAAUACCAUAUAAAAAUAGGCAUUUGUCUUUGUGAUAGCUUCAGGUCAUCAUCCGAAGAAACAUAUUCACAGGCUUUUUCUAGAGAUGAUCUCUGCGGUAAAAAGAAAUACAUUGCCUCGCACCCAGUCUUGAUAUGUUUCUUAAACAUAAGAAUAGGGUUUAGAAUCAGUCUUUUUACAGCACUUUUUCUAAGAAAAAAAUGAACCAAGUAAUGUGGUGGGCUAAAAUAUUUACUUAUUUUUCUUGCAUUAUAAGUGAUUUAGCAUUGCUUUUUCAGCAGUAUAUAUGCUUUUCCACAUCACUGACUUGUGGAUAGACGAAGUUAGUAAACUGAAGUAUGUUAUAUAAAUGUAAUGUCAUUACAGUAAGACAAUCUAUAUGUGGGUGCACAGUGUCAGUAUAAAUACCCCAUAUAUAUGUAUACAUGCAUAGCCCAAAUUUCCAUAUGUGCUGCAGCUGAACAGGUGUUUCUGAAAACACGGACUUUGGCUGUAUUAUUUAUUUCCACAAUUUUGUUAUUUCUGUAACUAUAGCAUUCCAGAAAAUAUGAGCAAAAUAUGUUACCUGUUGAUUUUUUAGGUUAACAUGGUUUGCUAAUGCAAAAAAAGGUAUUAUUGUCCAAGCAGGAUGUAUUGUAAAUCCAUAUGAAUGCAGUUGUUUACGAUGAGGCUUGCCAUAACUUGAAACCAAAAUACCAGGUUAUUAUAUGUCUCCUUAGUAUGAGUAUUUUUGUUGUGUUAGAACUUGGUAGACUGCAGCUACAUACCAUUCCAGUCAGGCAAAACCUCAAUAAGACAUAACUGACUGAAGUUCUGAGUGCCAUUUCUUAAGAAAUGUUGACUUUGAGAUAUUUAAGGAGUUGAAAUACAAAUACUCAAGCUCUUACAUGCAUUACAAGACAUUUUCUUCCAAAGAUAUACCACAGGGUUUGUUAAUUGUGGUUGCUUUUUUUAAUCUAGAUAGCUUACCUAUUUUAAAAUGGACAGUAUUGUUUGGAUAGCCUUUAAGGAAAAGGCUUAAUGAAUAUAUGUAGUUAAGCUUAAAACUCUCUGAAGAGCUGAAUAAAAAUAUGAUUUAUUUUA